UUUCCCUCUCAGGUACCCAACUUCCCCCCCAACUCCCCCUCUCUCUCAACUUACGACUUUUCCUUUUCUUUUAUAUCCUGAAUUCUUUCUCCUUUUCUUUUUCUUGUUCCCCUCUUGAAAUUCUCUAUUAUUUUGAGGGAGUAUAAGAAGGCAAACUGGGAUGCUCGAAUUGUAGGCUGAAUUGGGUGUUUGAAGACUCCUCCUCUCGCUCUUUCUCUUUUCUUUUUGCUUUUUGUUUCCAGUUGAGUGUUUUUGUUAAGCUGCUUCAGAGGCCUCUUGGUUUUCAGCCGUUUUCUUAGUUGGAUUCCUCUCUCAAGGAUGGAGAAGCUUAAUUUUGUAAAGAAUGGUGUGCUUAGAUUGCCUCCUGGAUUCCGCUUUCAUCCUACGGAUGAAGAGUUAGUGGUUCAGUACUUAAGACGAAAGGUGCUUGCUUGGCCGUUGCCUGCCUCUAUCAUUCCUGAAGUUGAUGUUUGCAAAGCUGAUCCUUGGGAAUUGCCAGGUGAUUUGGAGCAAGAGAGGUAUUUUUUCAGCACUAGAGAAGCCAAGUAUCCCAAUGGGAAUAGAUCCAACCGAGCCACAGUCUCAGGUUAUUGGAAAGCAACCGGAAUUGACAAACAAAUUGUAACUUCUAGGAGCAACCAAGUUGUGGGCAUGAAGAAAACUCUGGUUUUUUAUAGAGGAAAGCCCCCACACGGAUCUAGGACCGAUUGGAUCAUGCAUGAAUAUCGCCUUGUUAGCGCUGAGACAGCAGCCUGCAAUGCCCCACAAAAGAAGAACCAAACUCAGAGCCAUGUGGUGCCAAUGGAAAAUUGGGUGCUGUGUCGCAUAUUUUUGAAGAAAAGAAGUGGUACUACUAAAAAUGAUGAUGAUAGCAUGCAAUCUUGCAACGAAAACGGAGCUCGUAAAGUAAGGACAAGCAGGCCUGUUUUCUAUGAUUUCCUGACCAAGGACAGGACUGACUUAAAUCUUGCCCCUUCUUCCUCGUCCUCUGGCUCUAGUGGGAUCACAGAAGUUUCCAAUAAUGACACAGAUGACCACGAAGAAAGCAGUAGUUGCAAUAGUUUUCCUUAUUUUAGAAGAAAACCUUAAAACCCACAAUUCACACUUGCUUUUCGUGCCUGUACCACUAGUUGUGCUUCUGAUCAGCCAAUCAGAAUAACCCCUUUAUCAAACAAAAGGAAGAAAAAAAAAAGAAGGAAAGAGAAAUCUAGUGUUUGGUAAUGUAAGUCUUUGCGUCUCUUUGUCUGUGAUUGUCACGCAACAGAAAGAGAUAUCAAGAGAAAGAAAGAAAGAAAGAUAGAAUUCGGCAUUAACUAUUAUAUGAAGAGCAAACUCUCUUAAACACUUCGUGCCCCUUUGUAAUGAAUCUCCGAAUUUCAAAAGUCCUCUUUUUGGCA